GCGGCCGGAGGGAACAACUCAAGGCUCUGCGAGGAAGAUCGAAGCACGACUGGAUGCUUGGUCGACUCUUUACCAAGAAGGACGAGGCCGCCAAGUCCUCGCGCCCUCCCAAUGCCACUGGCGGGGGCCGCCCGGCGGCUAGCGACGCAGCACCCGGUGGUGGUGGCGGCUUCUUCAACCUGCCGCCGACCGCGGCCAAAAGCGCUGGCUUUUCGAACCCCAACAACCCUGCCUCGUACAGCACGUCACCUUCGAUGGGCCAGUCGAAGCCAUCGUAUGGCGCCACGCCGCCGCCGGCGCAGCCGCAGCAGCCGCAAGGGUACGCUCCGGCGCUCUUGUCGUACCAGCGAAACCCAUCGGCCACGUCACCGUCGCCCGCACCGCCAUCGCUCUUUGGUGGCAUGCACAUGAAGCAGCCUGACGUGUCUGCAGCACCUGUUGAUGCACCAAAGCCAGCAAGCUUGUUCAACGGCCUCGACUUGGGCGGAUCGGCGGCCCCGGUCCAAGCGCCAUUGAGUCUCGCCCAACUCAACUUGUCGUCGUCUCCCGCCCCUGCCGCUGUCGAGCCACCCGUUCAGAAGCAGCGUGCGCCGCGCCCAGGAACCUUCAACUACCUCAACGUCGCUCCGACCGACGUCUCGUCGACACCCGCUGCGUCGAUGCCGAUACCAGCACCCGCGCCGAUCAAGAAGAAGAAGAAGCCAACGUUCCGUCCUGGCUUUGACCGGCAGGGCUCGGAGGACACAGGCUCGCAGCGCGGAGAGGACGACGACGACGGACGCUCGCGAGGCUCGGUGCUGAGCGGCCUCACCGUGAACCCCGUCAUGCCCGAAGUCCCCGGGCGACUCCACCGCGCAUCCACCGGCCGCACCGGCACGACGCCGACGCGGACGACCGCGCGUUCAUCGAGCUCGGCCACCGACAGUCUCAGCGGCCUCCUGGACCAGCUCACGAUCGUCAACGUCGGGCCCGGUGCUGCCGGGUACGCCAUGCCUCUGCCGGUCCACACAUCCAUGCCAACAACGACACCGCCGGCGACAACCCAUUCGUCGACGACGACAGCAGCAGCAGCAGUACCCACAACCGCAACGUCAGUAGCGCCCGUGCACCGCAAGAGUGCGCCGAGUCCGCGCCCGAGCCUCGUCGUGUCGCCGGCAGCGCCGAAGCCGAUCUCGUCGCGCCAGCCGCCCGCCGUCGCGCCCGUGACACCGGAAGGUCGUCUCGUCCAGCUCAUCCGCGACUACGACGCGACGUCCAAGAGUUUUCGAGAUGCGAUCGUGCAGCUCUCUCAGGAAGACGCGCGUCUCGUCGAGAAAAAGGCCAUGUUGUCGCGCCAGCUCGCCCAAUAUGCGCUCGACUUGCAGUCGGUCGAAGCGCAGCAGCUCCAGGCGGCCGAAGACGAGGACUUUGAACGUGCGGACGCACUGAAUACAACGAUCGGCAGCGUGCGUCACUGCAUCAUGCUCUCGCAGAGCGACUUGCGCAAGGCCGAGACGGACCUCGCGGCGAUCACCAAGCAGCGCGAGAAGCUCAUGGUGCACCACGUGCGCACCACGAAAGGCGUGCUGCAAGGCAUCCAAAAGUGCGAAGACGAGCGUGUGGCCGCGUACACGGAGCUCUCGGCCGCCGCCAAGGCGUACAAGGCGACCGAGCGCCGCCGGUUCGCGUUCGAACAGCAGCGCAUCGCAACGGAAUUGCACCACGUGACGGUCAACAUGGGCCACCUCGAGGGCGAGAAGCACGAGAUCGAGUCGUCGAUUGCGUCCCAGUGCACGGCCGAGACCGAGGCGCAGACGCGCCUUUUGGCGGAAAAAGCCAGCGUCGAAGCCGAGAUUGCCGAGCUCGAAGCCAAGCUCGCGGCGGCGCGUGCGCACGUGACCGAGAUUGACGCGGGCCUCGCGGCCGCCGACGCAGGCAUCCAAGCCGUCCGGCACAAGUUUGCGCGCCAGCUCAAGCGACUCGUCGAGCGCGAGAAGGGCAUCCUCAAGACGAAGAAGGAGAUCGAGGCGGAUGACUUGGCGCUCGGGCGGCAGCAAGAAGCGUUUGCGGCCAAGAAGGCGAGCUACAGCGCCGAGAUGAGCCAGCUCGCCAAGGACGUGCUCGGUGUUCAGAAAGAAGUCCGCAUCGCGAAUAUCAUGGUGCGACUCACCGACGAGCAGAACGCGCGCCGGGACGCCCGCGACAACCGCGUCAAGAAGCAAGAGACGCAGCUGCACGCUUUGCGCGAGGCGGCGCAAGCGGCCGAGCAGCAGUUCAAGCUCCUCGGUCAUCAGCUCGACGAUCUCAAGAAGAAGCUACAGACGAACCGAACGGUCAUCAUGACGGCCGGCACGACAUUGCCGCAGCUCGAAACGGAGAAGAAGGCGGCGGCCGCCGAGCGCAACUUUAAGGAGGCGGCGAGGCUCUCGAAAGACAUCAAGCAGCUCGAGAAGGACCGCGCGACGGCCGAGGAGCAAAUUGACGUGCUCGGGAUGGAGAUCAAGGACAUUGAAGACCGGAUUCAGGUGCGCGAAGACGAGUUCCACGCCAAGCAAGACGAGCUGCGCGACGUGGAGAAGAAUUUGGACCUCGAGUGGCUCGACGUGCUGUACCAAGUGCACGUCGACCUCCGGAGUGCGCUCCGGCAGCUCGCCAAGUACGACGGCGAGAAGUGGUCGACGAACGACGGCGACAGCGUCGACUUUCGCGGCGUUGCGCUCACGCUGGUGCAAAUGGAGUUUACGGCCGUCGUCCAGGAGAUCGAAUGCCUCGAAGACAAGUACAAUUUGGAGCCGCACGUGGCCGAGCUGCCGCCCGAGGUGCCCGAGAAGGAGCUCACGUUGCUCUCGGAGCCCAUGGACGACGAGAGCGUCAAGGACGACGACGACGACGCCGAGUCGCUGACGGCGGAUGCGACUUUGUCCGAGUCGCCCAACGCCGCGCUGCCGUUGGCGCGGUCGGUCUCGGCCGCGACCGUCGGCGACCUCACGACGAGCAAAGCGAUCAAGGACAAGAUUGCGUCGAUCGAGGCGCAGAUCGAUGAGGCGACCGAGAACGAAGACUAUGAGCUCGCGGCGCGCCUCGACGACGAGCUCGAAGAGUGGAACGCGCGUCUGCACUUGGUCGAGGAGAAGGAAGGCGAGCUCAAGGAGAAACUCAACGCCAACGACAUGCACAAGCAGGUCGAAGCGCUGCAGCACAAGAUUGAGCAGCUGGCCGAGCAGAUUGAAAACGCGACGGCCGAAGAAGAGUACGAGCUCGCGGCGGCGCUCGAUGAGGAGCUCGUGGCUGCGCAGACGCAGAAGACGGACCUCCAACUCACGCUCGCCAACCUCCCGGACGACGAGGACAUGCUGCCGCGCCGUCUCUCGGUGCAGAGCUCGCACUUGGUCGAAGACAACUCGGACGACGAAGACUCAGACAACGACGCCGACGAUGCCGAGACGCAGAACGCGCCUGCUCCGUCCCCGGUGCACGAAGCCAAGCCGACGCCCGUGGCCGCCCCGGUCGCCAUCGACGAACCGGUUGCCAUCCAAAAGGAGGAAGAGCCCGCGGCCCCGACGUCUCUCUUUGGAGGCCUCUCUGUGGCCUCGAAUACGGAGCCAGCAAUGAGUGCUCCGUCGCUAUUCGGUGGUCUCUCGUUGGCGCCGGCGACGACGGAACCGGCGCCCGUCAGCUUGUUUGGCGGUCUCUCAAUUGCCCCGACGUCGACGACGACCGAGCCGGCAGGUGCGCCCGUGAGCUUGUUUGGUGGGCUCAACUUGGCGUCGGCCGAUGCGCCGGUGGUCACGGGCGGCUCGCUCUUUGGCGGUCUCGUGGUCAAUGAAGCUUCGGCGGAUGCUGCGACAGAGACCAAGGUCGAAGAGGAGAGUGUGCCGGUAGACGAAGCGCUUUUGGGUGGCGACUAUGUCAUGCCGUCGGACGCGCCGUCGGCCAGCGAGGAUGUCGACGACGACGAUGAAGAGGAAGACGAAGAGGACGAUGAAGAGGACGACGAUGACAAUGCUGAUGACCAAGAUGAUCACGAUGCGCACGCAGAUGAAGAAGAGGAGAAUGCGUACAUGGCCCAAGAAGACACGCCCAUGUCGGCGGUCGAUGAGAUCGACAUGGAGCAAGCGUCAGUGCCGGUCGUCGAGCAACUCGACGUGGCGGCGACGCUCGUUGUGCACGACGAUGUGUUUGCUGACGCGAUGAGUGAGCCGGCGGCAGAGACACCGAUGGUCGAGGCGCUGGCUGUGGAAACGGAGGCGGACGAUGUCGCGUUUGAAGACGCCAAGACCCACGCCGACGACAUUAUUGUCGUUGCUACCAAAGACGUCGACGUCGACGAAGCAAGCGUCAUUCGUGAUGACGAAGACCGCGUCACUCGUGACGAAGACGACGUGGUUGCAGCUGUCGAGCCGAUUGCGGCCCCGUCGCUUUUUGGGGGCCUCGCCCUCUCCAGUGAGGCGCCGGCGUCGCUCUUUGGCUCGCUAACAGUGGCGUCGCCAGAGCCGACGUCGCUCUUCGGCGGUCUCUCGGCGCCCAGCGAUGCCCCGCUUUUCGGUGGUCUUGAAGUGGCCAAGCCCAUCGCCAAGGACGACGAAUAAGCAAGGUGCUACUGUGCGAAUGUAAUAAAGUCAAUGCGUGUGAGGAUGAUCA